GCUCGGGCAGAUAUUUUGAACUAUGACGUGAUAAUCUUUGUAAUUUGUCGGUUUUCCCGUAUAUUUCUUAUUAAUACUUGGGUCAACCCUUUGAUGCAUUUUUCCAAACAUAUUAUUGCUAGGUUGAAAGCUCCAAUUUCUGUGUUUAUCAAAGCCGACUAUUAUCCGGCGUGUUUUAUCGAUCGAUCGCCGCUUGGAGGCGAUUAUUCAGUUUUAUUUUUACGUUAUUACUCGAUUGAUGCGGACAUGGCAAGUGUUAGUUGGCGGGGUGUGCCUCUCAGUGAAAUAAUUGGAUCGCAGUCUCCGUGGGGAGCUCCGGAAUUUCCACUGGUGACUCCAUCGCGUCAUCAUACUGUGUUGUACCACAUAUCGAAUGAUGGGAAUAUCGGAGACCGGCCUCCUAAGCCUCAUCGAGGUCGUGAUAUAUGGGAUAACGGACAUGUUCGUCUCCCGUGCUCUGACAAGAGCUUGUAUCCCGUUGAAGAUAGUAAUGGUGAGACAUAUCUAAAGAAACGAUGGGAGAUGAUAGAAGAGGCACUACGGAAGCCAAUCAGCAACAGCCACAAGCUUGCAGAUGCUAUCCUGAGCUAUAACAUCAAGUUUAAGGACAAAUGGAAGUUUCGUGCUCUACAUACAUUGUUUAAUGAACAUUUGGAUGAGGAUGAGUCCAAUUACUUUUUCAACAGUACAUUGCCAUUAAUAGCAAAGCUGGCGUUGGAUCUGCCUAAGCUGGUACAAGCUCCUAUACCUUUGUUGAAACAAGACAAGAAUCAUUCCAUAUCGCUGUCUCAGCAGCAGAUCGCAAGCCUGCUCGCGAACGCGUUCUUCUGCACUUUCCCUCGACGAAAUUCUAACAAGAGAACAUCGGAGUACUCCGCCUAUCCACACAUAAAUUUUAGCUCGCUGUACGAGAGUGAGGGUCAUGGCGACAUUCUGGAGAAAUUGAAGUGCAUUUGUCACUAUUUCAGAAGAGUUUGCACGAAAGUCCCCGGCGGCGUGGUGACGUUGAGCCGGCGGUGGGUGCCGCCGCGCAGCUGCCCUGCGUGGGCGCAGAGCGGCGCGGCGCUGGCCGCGCUGCCGCUGCACGUCGAUGCGCAGGGCACCAUCGAGGACGCCAGCGGCCUCAUACAAAUGGACUUCGCGAACAUGUACCUAGGCGGCGGAGUCUUAGGCCACGGCAGUGUGCAGGAAGAGAUCCGGUUCGUGAUCUGUCCAGAGCUUAUGAUAUCAAUGCUGUUCACUGAAGUGCUAGGACCUAACGAAGCUCUUAUUAUAAUUGGGUGCGAGCGCUACAGCCGGUACGUGGGCUACGGGCACGGCUUCGGGUGGGCGGGGGACUUCCGCGACGAGGCGCCGCGGGACUCGUCGGGCCGAAAGCGCUGCGCCGUGCUGGCCCUGGACGCGCUGCCCUUCAGCGACCGGGCCUUGGAGUACCGCCGGGACAACGUCGUCCGGGAGCUUAACAAGGCGUGGGUGGGCUUCUCGUUCUACAGCGCAGACACGCAAUCGCUGCAGUUCCCGGGCGUGGCCACGGGCAACUGGGGCUGCGGCGUGUUCGGUGGAUCGCCGCAGCUUAAGUCGCUCAUCCAGAUGAUGGCCUGUGCAGUGGCCCGGCGGCCCAUGGCCUAUUACACCUUCGGGGACACGGAGCUGCGCGACGAGAUUAUCAACGUUUAUAACAUUCUGGCGAGAUAUAAUGUUACUGUUGGACAACUAUACCGAUACAUUCUACGGUUCUCAACGACAGACGUGUUGCAUUCACAUCUACACUCUUUUAUACAGCAAGCCCUUAUAGACGAAUCGAAAACGCCUCGACGGAGCAGCAGAGUCGAAGCUAAUAAAACUACGCUUACACUAGAACCCAAGCCCGAAGAAAAGCAAAAGAAUGAUUCACCUGAUUUGUUUUCACAAGAUGAAGAACUAAGUGAACCGAUACUGGUCGAGAGUAGUAUUGAAACAGACGAUGGAAACAAAAUGGCGGUCGAUAUGAAAAUGGCGUCUGAUAACAAAAUAGUUCCUGAUAACCAAAUGGCAUCUGGAAACAAAAUGGCGUCUGAAAACAAAAUGGCACAUACUAGCCGUUUACUCGAAGAGAUGGAAAAAUUGGACGAAGAAAGUGGCCAAUUAAAUCUGUCCACAAAUAGUCGAGAUUUAACUAAUGAGUACUCGAGGUUUUUUGAACAUAAAUCUACUCCGAACAAAAUGGCGCCUAAAGGAAUGCCAACAAGUAGUUUUACUUUGGUAAAUGAAAAAUCGUCUAAACCGGGAAAUACUUCGAAAGUAUUGGACAGUGGGGAAAAUUGUAUUGCUAUCUCCAACAGUAAGAAUAAAAAAAUAAAGGUGCCCGAUUCAGACGACGACAUGUCAAAAUCAGAGGUGCCUGCGGAAAUUAAGAAAAAAUUAACAAAAAAAAUCACAGAUUAUUUUAGUAAAAAGAAACUUUAUUGUGACUGGCAUUCCGAGCUUGAUAUUGGUUAG